GACGCUGACUGUCCUGUUUGUUUUGAAUUCCAGAUUUAUGAAUAACAGAGUUCCGUCCAAUAAGAGAUACCAGCCCACAGACUAUGAACAUGCUGCCAACUGUGCUACACACGCGCUGUGGGUAAUCCCCAGCCUAUUGGGCAGCUCUGUGCUGCACUUCCUGUCUGAGGACCAAUGGGAGCGCGUCUCAGCCUGGCUCUAUGGGGCGGGGCUUACCUCCCUCUUCCUCAUCUCUACUCUGUUCCACACUGUGACCUGGAAGAAGAGCCACCUACGGUCUGUGGAGCACUGUUUCCACAUGUGUGACCGGAUGGUGAUCUAUUUCUUCAUAGCGGCCUCCUACGCACCCUGGUUGAACCUGCGGGAGCUAGGACCCUGGGCCUGUCACAUGAGGUGGUUGGUCUGGGUGAUGGCCUCUGUCGGAACCACAUACGUCUUCUUCUUCCACGAGAGGUAUAAGCUGAUGGAACUGAUCUGUUAUACAGUGAUGGGAGUGUUCCCUGCCUUGGUCAUCCUGACCAUGCCGGACCGUGAGGGGCUGUGGGAGUUGUUAGUGGGCGGAGCCUGUUACUGUCUGGGCAUGGUGUUCUUCAAGAGCGAUGGCCUCGUCCCAUUCGCCCAUGCCAUUUGGCACCUCUUCGUUGCCAUGGGAGCGGGCGUCCACUACUACGCCAUCUACCGGUACCUCUACACGCCAGCAGCCGAUCAGAUGAAGACAUCCAGAUGACACACGGAGGCCUGGGGGGGCGAGGGGUGAUGACGUCACAGGAAGUUGAAAAAAGGAGUGGCCUAGUGAAGAAGUGAUGUCAAGAACGGAGGAAUGGAGAGAUGAGAAUAGAACCAUGGAAACAUGGAGAGAUGAGAAUAGAACCAUGGAAACAUGGAGAGAUGAGAAUAGAAACAUGGAAACAUGGAGAGAUGAGAAUAGAACCAUAUAAACUGUUAUUUCACGCUUUAUUUUCUUAUUCAUUUUACCCCUGGUUUGGGUUUAUGUGUCCUGGACAGACAUUAUGUAAAUCACUGGUUUAUGUGUCCUGGACAGACAUUAUGUAAAUCACUGGUUUAUGUGUCCUGGUCAGACAUGAUGUAAAUCACUGGUUCUCUAGAUGGAAGAGUCCGUUUUUAAGACUGUCCCAAAUGGCACCCUGUUCCCUACAUACAGAGCCCUGGUCAAACACAGUGCACUAUGGGCAAUAAGGUACCAUUUGGAACAGCCUAAAUGACCGUACAGCGACGCGUCUUUAACUGUCUGUCUGUCUGUCUGUCAGUGUCCUGAAGCUGGAGGCAGGUGGCGACGUCGUCUAGUUACGGAACCCUCCGGUGUAGAAAGCGUGUAGAGUAGUCUGGAAGCCACAGACGGUGGAGGAGUUUCUCCUGAUUGGACUACUAUUACAUUCCAGAUUAGUGCAGGUAUUAUCCUACUACAGCCAUUAUUAAUACUAUUACUACUAGUAUGAUUAUUACUAUUACGAUUAUUACUAUUA